CUGCUUUACUUUCAUUUUAAAGCAAAAGAGCAAAAGGGAAAAAAAUAUCCAGGCUUCUCACAAGCCUAAGACAAGGACAGGUCCCAGCUAGAAUAAUGUCAAAAUUAGUGGAGUGUGUUCCCAAUUUUUCCGAAGGAAACAAUAAAAAGGUGAUAGAUGAGAUUGGCAAGGCCAUCUCUCAGACAAAGGGCUGCCUCCUCCUGGAUGUGGAUGCGGGCCCUUCCACUAAUCGGACAGUUUACACCUUUGUUGGAAGUCCUGAGGAUGUUGUUGUGGGUGCACUGAAUGCAGCUAAAAUUGCUUUUCAACUCAUUGACAUGGCAAAACAUAAAGGUGAGCACCCCCGGAUGGGAGCUCUGGAUGUUUGCCCAUUCAUCCCAGUGAGGAAUGUUUCUAUGGAAGAAUGUGUUUAUUCUGCUAAUCUCUUUGGAAAAUGUUUAGCAGAUGAACUGCAGGUGCCUGUGUACCUAUAUGGUGAAGCAGCUCUGAAGGAGAACAGAAGAGCUUUGCCUGCUGUCCGAGCAGGAGAAUAUGAAGCCCUGCCUGAGAAACUAAAAAAGGCAGAAUGGACUCCUGAUUUUGGCCCUGCAACCUUUGUUCCAAGAUGGGGAGCAACUGUAACAGGAGCACGAAAAUUCCUCAUAGCAUACAACAUCAAUUUGCUGUGCACAAAGGAACUGGCACACCGGAUAGCACUUAACAUUCGGGAGCAGGGCCGUAGUAAGGACCAGCCUGGGCGGUUGAAACAGGUGCAAGGCAUGGGAUGGUAUUUGGAUGAGGAAAACAUUGCUCAAGUCUCUACGAAUUUGUUGGAUUUUGAAACCACUCCUCUUCAUGUGGUCUAUGAAGAAGUCUGCAAGGAUGCCAAGGAUCUCCAUCUGCCAGUGGUAGGAUCUCAGCUAGUGGGUCUGAUUCCUAAAAAGGCCAUGUUAGAUGCAGCAGAAUUUUAUAUCAAGAAAGAAAAUAUCUUCAUCCUUGAGGAGGAACAUAAAAUUAGACUGGUAAUUAAUCGAUUGGGCUUGGAUUCUUUGUCUCCAUUCAAUCCCAAGGAGCGCAUAAUUGAGGAUAUGGUGGCAGAUGACAGAGAAAAAGGCAGCCUGGUAUCUUUGUCUCUUCAUGACUUUGUGCAGAAAGUUGGUGCAAGAUCAGCUGCUCCUGGUGGAGGAUCAGUAUCAGCAGCAAUAUCAUCUUUGGGAGCAGCACUUGGCUGCAUGGUGGGGUUAAUGACAUACGGAAAGCGUCAGUUUGAGGAUCUGGACCCAGUUAUGAGGCAGCUCAUACCUCCGUUUCAUCAGGCCAUGAAUCAGCUCAUUGCCAUAGUAGAUAGGGACUCCUCAGCUUUCAGCAGCUACAUGGAUGCUAUGAAACUUCCUAAGCAGACCCCUGAGGAGAAAGAGAGGCGUACAGCAGCCAUGCAGCUAGGCCUGAAAAAUGCUGUUGAUGUCCCUUUCUCCUUGGCAGAAAAGGUUAACUCUUUAUGGCCUUUUUUGAAAGAAAUGGCACAGCAUGGAAACAUAGCCUGCAGAUCAGAUAUCCAGGUGGCAGUUAAAGCUUUAGAAGCAGGUGUGUUUGGGGCCUAUUUCAAUGUCAUCACCAACCUGAAAGAUAUAGCAGAUGAAGGCUUCACACAACAGAUGCAAAGGAAAGUUUCCUACUUCUUGGAGGAAGCCCAAAAGAAUACAGCAUUUAUCCUAGAGCAGCUGGAGAAACGGGCAGCAUGAAAUAUUGUAUCUACAACCAAUUGGUUAGGCAUAUAAAAUUUCCAUUUGUAGUAUUGCUAAGCUUCAUUCAGACAGACCUGACCUUUUUGAGAAAACGAAAGAACUCUAGCUUACCUUCUAUCCUAUACAUGCAAGGAUUUUGUUACAAAUCCAGAGUUUACUAGGCUGUACCCCUGGUACUACAAAAUGUUUCUUCUGUGGCUGCAAGGAAUCUCUUUUUGUUGCCUACUAUGUUAAUCAUCACAGUAGCAGUAUGAAGCAAGUUUUAAGUGAUCCACCAAUGAUCAAAACAGUCUUCUGUAGAAAGCUUUAAAUCUACUACAAAAAAUGAGGUACAGCUACAGCUUAGUCAGUUUGAUUCAUAAUGCCAAGAUUGUUAAAUUAAGCAAACUUACUUGUGGGAAAGUGCUGACACCUCCAGCACAAUCCUUUGGUUCAUUAUUUGAAUGCCAGGUGUACGUUGAGUGGAAUUUUGUAAAGUGGAAAUAAAUCACGUUGUCAUCAA